AGGACGACGGCUGCCGCGGGUGUCGUUGCGGAGCCAGGUGGCGGAGCUGGCAGCGUGCCGUUGGUGCCGUCAUGGCGGCGGUAGUGGCGAGUGGCCGCGCGCAGUCCGGCGGUGGAAAUGUGACGGAACCGAAAGCAUCGAAAGACACCGGCGCCUCGUAUGCCCAAGCCGCGGCCCGCGUGUCCUCCCAGGAGCCAGCUGCUGUUUCUAACGGAUUAACCGAACCAGUAUCCGGUGGACCCACUCAGAGCCUAGGCCUAAGCAGCAAUAUGGUUCGGCCCGGUUCGUGCGCGCAGGUCGCCGCCGAUGCGCCCAGGGCUAACCCCUGGGUGAAGCGUAAUGCGCAAGCAGCCUGCUCUGCCGCCGCCGCCAGCCGCACCGCAGCUGGUGGCAACCCUGGUGUAUCCUCCCACAAGGUGGACGAGGAAGAAGACUGGCCUAGCCUUGGACCAACGUCAGCUACUCAGAACGAGGUCAGCCACCACAGUGAUGAUGAGGACUCGGCCAAGGAGAACCGGGAUGGCACAACCAGCACCACGCCUGACUCAUCAGCUCGCAAUACACCCCGCUCGGGUCCCCGUAAAGGCAGCAAGCAGAAGUGGGUUCCCCUGGACAUUGAGCCAGCCAAGCCCCGCAAACCAGCUGGACAUGAGGCCCGGCUUGGCAGCCGGCCGGUUGAAGGAGGUGAACGCCGAGGUCGUAGCUUCCGUGGGCGGCAGCGAGGGGGACGGUCGGGCCGGCCCUGGAGCACCCCACGUCCCCAGCCCAGCUCACUCGGCAGUCGGGGUCCAGAGGAGGGCUUUGCAUCUGCGGCCCCGAUUGCCUCAUCAUUCCUGGGCACAUACUACUUCAACCAGGGCUACAUACGUGUGGACGAGGCAACGUUACGCGAGUAUGUACGCAAGCAGGUCGAGUACUAUUUUUCCGAGGAGAAUCUUCAGCGGGACUUCUUUCUGCGCCGAAAAAUGGAUGCCCAGGGGUACCUGCCAUUGAGCCUGAUUGCAUCGUUCCACAGGAUACAGGCACUGACCCAGGACGUGGCGCUUGUCAUGGAGGCGGUGCGUGAGAGCCCCCUGCUGGAGCUGAAUGAUGUCAAGGUGCGCACAGUCAACGACCCCACGCGCUGGCCAUUGCCUCAAGCAUCGCUGCACCCGGACGUGCCUGCCUUUGUGCCAGGCCAGCCAUACCCGCCCACUUCGGAUGCAGGCAACGAGGCUGACACUGAGGAGCCACCUGAGGACGAGGGCUGGAAGGAAGUGCGGCGCCGCAACCGGUCACACCGGGCUCGCACGGCGUCACAAGGCCAUGCAGCCCCAGAGCGUGAGGAGCUCGAGUUCCAGUUUGAUGAGGAGCUACAGCGAGCCCCCGACGGGCGCAACAACACAUUCACUGACUGGUCUGAUGACUCGGACUAUGAGUUCAGUGACACGGAGGUGAACAAAAUCCUGAUUGUGACCCAGACGCCACCACCGCCAUCUGGCCUACGCAAGCACGAAGGCUACGAUCGGACAGGUGACUGGACCAGCCGUGUGAAAAUGACCCAAGAGCUAGCACAGGUGAUCAACGAUGGCCUCUACUUUUACGAGGAUGACCUGUGGAACCAGGUGGAUAGGCAGGAGCAGCAGAUGUACCGUACAGUCGAGGUAGUCAGCGAGGAGGAGUUUGCCCAACGCCAAGGCCCACAGCAGCGGGCAGCGGGUGGGCAGGCACCACCACCCCCACCACCUCCGCCUGUACCAGAGGGCACACCGCGCAGCACGGCAGGCCGCACACCGCGCAAGGACCCCCGGGUGGCCCCCCGCUUUUACCCUGUGGUGAAGGAGGGCAAGCCGGACACACCGCGCAAGCAGAAGACGCGGCACAGCAGCAACCCUCCAACGGAGCACCAUGUAGGCUGGGUGCUGGACGUCCGGGAACACCGGUCACGAGCAGCCUCCAUUGGGGAAGCAGCAGCCGCUGAUGUGGUGCAUGGCAGCACACCACACUCUCUGCCCACUUUUGAGCACCCAAGUCACGCCCUGCUCAAGGAGAAUGGCUUCACCCAGUUAGUCUACCACAAGUACCGGUCACGUUGCCUCAAAGAGCGCAAGCGGCUUGGGCCAGGCCAGAGCCAGGAGAUGAACACACUGUUUCGCUUCUGGUCAUUCUUCCUGCGUGAGCACUUCAACCGCAAGAUGUAUGAGGAGUUCCGUCGGUUGGCUCUGGAGGAUGCACGCGCAGGCUACCGGUAUGGCCUGGAGUGUCUGUUCCGUUUCUACAGCUAUGGCCUGGAGAAGCACUUCCGGCCAGACCUGUAUGAGGACUUCCAGCAGGAGACACUGCGCGAUUGUGACCAGGGACAGCUCUAUGGCCUCGAGAAGUUCUGGGCUUUCCGCAAGUACUACCGCCUCAGCCACCAGUGCCAUGUUGAGCCCCGGCUGGAGUCUCUCCUGCAGGGAUACCGCAGCAUCGACGACUUCAGGAUAGAUGUGGAGAGGCCACGUCAGCGUACCGGAGCCCUGUGAGAAAUGUGUGCCUUGUUGUAGGCCCAACCUGGCACUGCCAGGCUGCAAGCCUCCUCCUCUAUUUCCUGGGUGGUAGAGCCUUUUUUCACGCCAUUGUAUAAAAUACCCUUCUUUGUGCUCAGAAGAAUAAAUGCCAACGCCUGUUUUAGUUUUCGUA